UAAAAGUAAGAGAGGUAGAUAUAAUUUUUAAAACUUGACUUGAGGGGAGCUCUUUGCAAUUGCUGGAAACCUCGAGGUAGGCUUUGGAAUUAUCCCUUCAAUCCAAUUUAUUGUACAAAAUAUCACCGUCAAAAAUAGAUCAUUCCAGAAAAAAAUGGGCAUUCCCACGAACCAACCCUCCUCUGACCAACCACUGCUAGAACUACUAUAAAAGGGCCAUCAUCCUACCUGUUUGCUCAACCAGAGAUCCCUGAAGAAAACUAGGAAUUGCGAAGCCAAACUAUUUGAUUAUAUCCAUCCAUCCAUGGCAAUCAAGGUCCACGGUAGUGUUUUCUCCCCAGCAGUAUUGCGUGUAUUUGCAUGUCUUAACGAGAAAGACUUGGAAUCUGAAUAUGUAGAAAUUAACAUGCGAGCAGGAGAGCACAAAAAGGAAUCCUUCCUCGCCCUCAAUCCAUUUGGUCAAGUACCUGGAUUUGAAGAUGGGGACUUGAAGCUCUUCGAGUCAAGGGCUAUAAACCAAUACAUCGCUCAGGCUUACGCGGCCAAAGGGAACCAACAACUGACGUUCGUACAAGAUGCAAAGAGGAUGGGGCCGGUGUACGUGUGGAUGGAAGUGGAGGCUCAGAAAUUUGACCCUCCAUCUUCAAAGCUGGUGUUCGAGCUGGCCAUAAAGCCCCUCCUGGGCAUGAACACCGACGAUGCGGCGGUGGCAGAGCACGAGGGGAAGCUGGGUGAGGUUCUUGAUGUGUACGAGGCUCGGUUGGGGCAGUCGAAGUACUUGGCCGGAGACUGCUUUACCCUGGCGGAUCUCAACCAUCUCCCUGCUAUCAACUACUUGAUGGGUACGACCGCCAGGAAAGUGUUCGAUGCACGGCCCCACGUGAGUGCCUGGUGCGCUGAUAUCUUGGCCAGGCCGGCUUGGGCCAAGGUCCUGGCCCUGCAAAAGCAGCAUCCCACUUAAUUUAAUCCUUUUGUUUUGUUUUUUGAUUCAGAUCAUCUGUCGGGCCGGCCGGCUCUGUCUUCCCGGGUGUCUGUCUUUCUGUGUUUUGUGUUUGUACCGGUGUUCCGGAUGUGUGUGGAAACUUUUGGAGUGUGAGAGGAGGGUCAAUAGCGUCCGUUGACCCACUUCAUCGGACGCAGAAAUAAAAAAAAUCUCUAGUAGUAUAUAGGAUCCACGCCAAUCAAAAACUGACUUGCUUAAUUGGACGCCUCUCUAUUGUCCAUAAAAAUGAGAAUCCCUUUGUCAAUAACUUCGGUUCUGGAGGGAGCGCAGUGCAGUUCUAGAAGUCUCAAGGUAGUUGAUUGCUUGAGGUGGUCUAAGAACACACUCUUAGUAGUGUCUUUUCUCGACCACGGAUUGAUGAUGACUAUUGUAGACUGCGUUAAUUGUAGUACCUAGCAUUUCUUUUUGGGGCA